AUGGAUAAGUUAGCAGAAAGAUGCAUCCAGUCGACGACUGUUACGCCUCGCUGGCUACCAAGCGGGAACGCAUUUUGGUAUAAACAAAGCCCUGAGACAGGCAAACAUCAGUUCUUCCUCGUUGACGCGGUUCAAAAACGCCGUGAGCUAGCAUUUGAUCACAAGCUACUCGCUGAGGUCUUGCGGCAAAAGACAAGUGAGGAAGUUGACGACCAAGCCUUGUCUCUGACUUGGAUCGAACCUGUACCCGAGGAAUCAUGUGUCCGAUUCCGCUUUGACAAUCGCAAAUGGCAGUUCGGACCAGACAACAAACUUGAAGAGUGGGAAGGUAAUUUUGUAACUGAGCCAGAGUUUCUGCUCAAGGAAGAAGUUCCCUCUCCUCACAAUGAUGCCGGAGGCACAGUCACCGUCGAUUUCCUGAAUCGCACUGGGAAAAUACUCAAGGUGUACUGGGUAGACUACAAUGGAAAGCCUAUGUACUACAUGAAAAUCAACAAUGGAAAGACGAAGCGACAGAUGACUUACUCGGGCCAUGUUUGGCGGCUGGUAGACCAAUCUGACGAGAAAUUCAGGGCAGUUUAUGCUGCGCCUGAUGCGGGAAACCAUGUUGCCAUCAUCGAGCAUCUCAGUGAUUCUAUCCCGGAAGCAUCCCCGCCAAGCGGUGACGGAAAGUCUAAGGUUGAGGGCCCUGCUGAAGUUGAGAACGAUACUUGCCAUGUCAAAGACUUCAACCUUUGGUACAAAGACCCCAAUGGUCAAGAUGUUCAAUUGUCCAAAGACGGUAGCGAGAAGAAUCGUUUUGAAAACGGCCGUAUGUACGUGUCGCCAGACAGGCAGUGCGUAAUUGCGUGGCAACAUACUCCAGCACAAGACCACAAAAUCAACCUUGUGGAAUCAUCCCCAGAGGAUCAGAUCGAGCCAAAGCUACAUACGAAGGAAUACCUCAAGCCAGGAGACCGUGUGGGAGUUGACAGGCCUCGCCUCUUUGAUCUCAAGAGCCAAUGUGAGAUACCAACAGAGGAUGCACUGUUCAAAAACCCUUACGAGAUGAGAAACAUUAGGUGGAACAAAGACAGCAAAGAGUAUUUCUUCUACUUCAAUGAGCGCGGUCAUCAGCAUGUUAGAGUAAUCGGUAUCAACACUGAGGGGAAGGUCAGAACGAUCGUUGAGGAGACGAGUGACACUUUCGUCGACUACACAAAGUCAUACUACAAAUUCCUCGAAGACUCUGAUGAACUUCUGUGGUCGAGUGAGCGGGAUGGAUACAAUCAUCUCUACCUCAUUGACAUAGCUACCGGUACUGUCAAAACCCAGAUUACAAAGGGACCAUGGAUGGUUCAUUCUAUUGAGUCUAUAGAUGAAGCCACUCGUCGAAUAUGGUUUCUGGCCUAUGGACUAAAGGACGGUCAAGACCCGUAUUAUGCACAUCUAGUGCAAGUCAACUUCAAUGGGUCGGAUUUCAAGAAUCUCACAGAGGGAAAUGGAACUCAUUCUUGGUCAUUCUCUCCCGAUAAGCGCUACCUGGUAGACACUUGGUCGAGGGUCGACUUUCCGCCUACUACAGUCCUUCGUGAUGGCGAGUCGGGAGAUCAGAUAAUGGAGCUUGAGAAAGGGAACCUGAAAGACUUGGAAAAGGAAGGGUGGUCUUCACCAGAGAGAUUCGUUGCUACUGGCCGUGAUGGUGAGACCCUUAUAUACGGUAACAUCAUUCGACCAGCAGACUUCGACAGUACCAAGAAAUAUCCCGUUAUUGACUACAUCUAUGCUGGACCACACGACUUUCACGUUGCCAACAACUUCUUGCCUUUUUCGCAUCAACGACAAUGGGCAGAUAAAGGCUACAUCUUAGUAGAGAUUGAUGGAAUGGGCACAAACUGGCGCGGCAAGCGUUUCCACGAUGUCUGCUACAAGAAUAUUCACGACGCGGGUCUCCCAGACCAUAUUGCCUGGUUAAAGAGCGCUGCAUCAACUCGACCAUGGAUGGAUUUGUCCCGCGUAGGAAUCAUGGGUGGUUCAGCAGGAGGUCAGAGUACCGUGGCAGCAAUGCUUCAUCAUGGCGAUUUCUUCAAAGCGGGCAUAGCAGACUCGGGAUGCCACGAUAAUCGUAUGGAUAAGAUAUGGUGGAAUGAGCUGUGGAUGGGAUAUCCGGUUGACGAAGCAUAUGAGAAGUCAUCCAACAUCACACAUGCUUCCAAUCUCAAGGGGCCGUUAAUGUUGAUCGUUGGGGAUCUCGACGACAAUGUUGAUCCGUCUUCAACAUUUCAAAUGGUAAAUGCGUUGAACAAAGCCGGAACCGUUACACCCCCUGGACUUUUUCCCUUCCUUCCUUCUCCCAUCUUCUUCUUCUUCCCCAUACUCUCUCUUUCCCUUUGGAUACUUUCUCUCUGUUCUUCCUCUUCUUCAAUCACUCCGAACAAGGAGUACAAGUUGAAGAUGAAGAUCUCGUACUUCUCUGUUGGGCUUCUCGCCCUCUUUAGCCCCCUGGCCAGCGCCUGGAGCAAAGAAGAUCGCGAAAUCUUCCGCAUCAGAGAUGAAAUCUCAAAGUACGAGACCGACCCUGCCGCCAACUUUUACGACAUCCUCGGCGUGCCUCCCUCUGCUUCGCUCGACGACAUCACCAAGGCCUACCGCAGGCAGACCCGAAACCUGCACCCGGACAAGGUCAGGCAGUCAAUGCGAUCCAAGGCUGGAAAGGACAAGAAGAAGGGCGAGAAGGUCAAGCCUCCUACCAAUGCUGAGAUCAAGACCGCUGUCAAGAAGGCUGGCGAGGCUCAGGCUCGUCUGUCCCUCAUUGCCAACAUCCUCCGUGGCCCCGAGCGCGACCGUUACGACCAUUUCCUCUCCAAUGGCUUCCCUCUCUGGAAGGGCACCGAUUACUACUACAACCGCUAUCGACCCGGCCUGGGCACGGUUAUGGUUGGUCUGUUCCUCGUCGUUGGUGGCGGUAUUCACUACCUUACCCUCUACAUGAGCUGGAAGCGUCAGACCGAGUUUGUCGAGCGCUACAUCAAGUUUGCCCGUGAAACUGCUUGGGGUGGCGGUCUUAACAUCCCCGGUGUCGAAGCUGCUCCUGCCCCUGCCCCUGCUCCCGCUGCGGCCGAGAGCGAAGAGGAAGAGGCUCCUCCUCUGCCCCAGAACCGACGAGAGCGUCGCAUGUACGAGAAGGCCCAGAAGCGCGACGGUGCUAAGCCCGUCAAGAAGGUCCGCCGCACUCAAGCUCCUACUGAGUCUGGAAAUGCUACUCCUACUCCUACUGUCGGCCCCACUGGUGCUCGCAAGCGUGUUGUUGCUGAGAACGGCAAGAUCCUCGUUGUUGACUCUCUUGGUGACGUUUACCUCGAGGGAGAGGAUGAUGAGGGAGAAGUUCACGAGUACCUCCUUGAUCCCAACGAGCUCGCCAAGCCUACCAUCAAGGACACCGCUGUCUUCCGCGCCCCGAUCUUCCUGUUCAACAUCACCGCUGGCCGCUUCCUCUCCAAGAAGUCUUCUGAGGACGAGUUCGAGGUUUACGCUGAUGAGGAUGACUCUGACCCCCAGCCUACUCCUAGCACCGACUCUGCUGGCGAGGAGUUUGAGCUUGUCGACAAGAGCACUGAUUCUCUCAGCAAGGCCAAGGCAUCCGGCGCUUCGCAGGGCAAGGCCAACAAGCGCAAGGGCAAGAAGAGACCCGAGGGGUCAAAUGUCCCUGAUGAUAGCAUCAAGGAGACAGUCCCCGUGCAAGACUCUGCUGAAGAUACCAAAGUUGAGAGUUCAGCUGAAUCGACAGAAGAGAUAGGCUCCAGCAAUGUGGUCCUUCAAUCUUCAAAAUAUGAGUCGAGUUGGAUUCGAAGAUUCUUGACACCAAAGAAUUGUCGAUGGAACGAUGAGUCGCCACCAGCUUUGACUAUCGGACAUUGUCUUUUAUAUGCUAUGGCUUCGGGCAUUACAGUAGCGAAUCUCUACUACAAUCAGCCAAUUCUCAAUAAGAUAGCCGCAACAUUCAACGUCUCAUACGAAGAAUCCUCCCAAGUAGCAACACUUCUACAGUCAGGAUACGCAGCAGGACUGAUAUUUGUUCUUCCCCUUGGGGAUAUCCUCGAAAGACGACCUUUCAUCGUCAGUUUGGUCUUUGCCACUGCAACAAUGUGGAUAGGACUUUGUGUCACGAAUGACUUCACCGUCUUCCGGGCUUUGUCUUUCUUAUGCGGUGCUACCACUGUCACGCCGCAACUUAUGGUUCCUCUUGUUGGAGACUUUGCGCCUGCGCACAAAAAGGCGUCUCUUUUGGCCAUUGUCACGUCAGGACUGAUGCUUGGUCUUUUGAUGGCGAGAUUGCUAUCUGGAGUUGUGACUAACUUUACUAGCUGGCGUAACAUCUACUGGGUUGCUUGCGGUCUGCAGUAUCUCAUGGGUGUUGUGCUCUUCUGCUUCAUGCCGGAUUAUCCAUCUACGAAUCCUGAUGGUCUCAAUUACUUCCGUGCACUGGCUUCGAUUCCUUAUAUGAUGGUUACAGAGCCGGUCCUUAUACAAGCGUGCCUUAUCGCUUUUACGCUGUCGGCUGUGUUUACAUCGUUUUGGACAACAUUGACCUUCUUACUCGCUUCGCCGCCAUUCGACUAUACGUCUCUUCAGAUUGGUCUCUUCUCGUUGACAGCCCUUGCGACUAUAUUGGCUAUUCCGCUGAUUGGAAGAUUAAUCGACCAUUUCGUCCCUCUGCUAUCAACAAUCGGUGGCCAGAUUCUGGCAUUGAUAGGAGCUAUCAUAGGAACAUUUACUGGAAACUUUACAGUUGCAGGACCUGUUCUCCAAGCUAUAGGUAUAGACGUCGGCAUGCAGACCGCCCAGGUAUCCAACCGCGCAGCCAUCUUCAGCAUUAACCCCAAAGCUCGCAAUCGAGUCAACACGGCUUAUAUGGCAUUGGCUUUCGCUGGCCAAUUGACUGGUACAGCGGCUGGGAAUAGACUGUACGCCAGUGGAGGUUGGAAGAGAAGUGGCGGCUUGAGCAUUGCAUUUGUGUGUUUGUCGAUAUUGGUUUCUCUUGCAAGAGGUCCUAGAGAAGAUGGCUGGGUUGGCUGGAAAGGAGGUUGGCAUCCUCGGCGAGAAAAGGCUGUAGCAACGCCGACUGAAGAUGAAGAAAGUGGCGAGCAACAAAAUAAAGAACAAAACUUCGAGACAGCUUUGAAACAAGACGAUCAGCCACAGCCGCUCAUGACCCAAGACAGAGCUUCUUCGGCUGUAAGAGGACCUUUAUGGACUGUCAAGCUAAACAUUCGUCUCCUAUCCAUCUCUAUCGACGCGCUACUUCUCAUUAUCGUCUCAGUCCUCGCUGCUGGUUCAAGCCAUGACAUAACUCCUGUCCUUGUAUUUGGACCUCUUCUCGUUAUCACUCUGAUAUGGAGCUCCAUAGUCAUUGUACAGCUAUGGACUACAAAGCAUCAGAGCCUCAGUUUAUCCAUACAUAUGUACUUUGAUCUCAUUCUCUCCGUCGCCUUCAUAGUCUCUUCUGUUAUUGGUGGCUAUUUCGGUCCUACCGACCAUCAAAUCUCAGACUCAACUCCAACCAAAGACGAAUCCCAUCUUGGAAGACGAACACUCGGAUGCUUCGGUAUUGCCAAAGUGUAA